AUGGCUGGCAAUGCUCAGAGAGAACAGCAGAGCAUUAGCAGCAUAGCCCAAUACGGCUUACACAAGCAGAGAAAGGAGAUAAAUCCACAGCUAUCAAAGUUUCGUCUCUCACCUGGACCUUCCUGGUCUCACUUUUUGGCCUCCCUGGACCCCUCCAGUGUAAAGACUUCAGCCUCCUUGGAACUCUUAAAAAAAAUCCCCUUUUCAGAUUCUUUGGAUCUCUCCAGUCUGAGCUCUUCAUCCUCUGUGGAAUUUUCCAGUCUCACUUCUUCAUCUUCUCUGGACCUUUCCAGUCUCACAUCUUCAACCUCUUCAGACUUGUCCAGUACAUCCUCUUCAGUCUCCUUAGAGCUCUCCAGUAUCACCUCCUCAGAUUCCUGGGAGCACUCCAGUUUCACCUCCUCCAUUUCACUGGACUUAUCAAGUCUCACCUCCUCAGGCUCCCUGAAUCUCUCUGGCGACAGUUCCUCGCUCUCUUUAGAUCUCUCAAGUCUCACCUCAAUACCUUCUCCAGACUUCUCGAGUCCAACUUCUUCAUCCUCUUUAGACCUCUCCAGUCUCACUUCUUCACCCUCCCUAGAUGCCUCCAGUCGUUCAGCUUCCUUAGAUGAUUCCUGCGAAAUCCCUUCGAUCCCAACAUGCGUCUCAGAGCAAACCUCAACCUCUUCAGAAUCACUGGAUCUCACUGAUUUUAACUACUUCAUGUUUCAGGGCUCCUCUGAGUUACCCUCAUCGACUGCUGAGGAUGUUUCUAACCUCAUCUCUGCACCCUUCACGGAUGUCUCCAGCGUCUGCUUUCAGGAUUCUUCUCCCCUCACUUCCUCAAUUCCUUUGGACAUUUCUAACCUCACAACUUCAGCUCCCACUGAUGUAUCCACUCUCACGUUUCUAGAUGUUGCUAAUCGCACCUCUUCAGCUUCUCUUGAUCUCUGUAUUUAACUCUUUUAAUAUAUCCUUUCUUCUCUCUGUAAACUCACUGUACCCUUACAAGCCUCCCUCCUUUGUGUGCUCCUUUUUAACUUAUGUUUCCUACGCCUCUAAAAAGAUUUUAUCUGAAGGGAGAUUCACACUUUACAAAUACAUUCUAGCAUUUAAACAAAACUUGAACAGGGCUUGAAAACAGCUUGUACAACUCUACAAUGGUGCCUUGUUUACAGGUUUAUAAAUAUCAAUAUAUACUCUGCAAUUUUUGUAGAGUUCAAUUUCAGUCAUUAAGGUAAUUUCCAUUCUGUCUCAGCAUGGUACCUCUCCCACAGAUUUAACUUUUAAUUCACGCUGACAGUUUGUCUUUCAAAACCUACAAAUAUUAAAUAGAGCUAAAUGUGUAAAUAAUUGCACCCACAUCAUGCAUCUCCAAAACAGACUGAAAUCAGAGUGCACUGCACAGAACUGCAGAGGCAUUUCACAUGAAGAUACAGAAAGGGAAGAUGUGGUGGGGGGAAAAAACAGCUGAUUAAAAAGAGGAACAGGUGAGAGACAGCCAGGUGGGGAGAGAGAACAUAGGGACACACAGCAGGAACUCAGGUGUCCAUUUCAGCUACAAGAACUUCUGUUCUGCUGAGCCAUGUUUAUGACCUGGGCAGCUCACAAGGCUUAAACUGUUGGUCCAGACAGAAGGAAACCCUGCUUUCAGAAUGUCAGUGUAACUGCAGUGUGAUCUCAGCAGAGGCAUCAACUGGCAAAUAAGGACAGGAAGUUCUGCCUUCCUACUCUCCCUUCCUGGUUGCUGUGCCUAUUAAUUACACUAAUAAGGUAAUCAUCUUCUCAUACUGGCUUAUGAUACCCUGAAGACAGAUGACAAUGUACAUGGUGAAAAACUGUUUUGUUUUUGUUUUUUUUUCCUGUAAAUCUAUCCUGUUAUCACUACUAUGCGGAUUGUUAAUUACAGCAGCUCUGAGCUGCGAUCUCUAAUAGAGAACAUUAUUCUAUGCUUUAAAGCUUUGCUAUCAUCAGUUAAAUCAUCACUGCACAGUGACGUGACAGCACUCCGUGGUCCCAAAGGUGAGCAAAGAGGAACCAAGUCAGCCCAGGACCUGCAUGGCUCCUCAGGGCAUCCCACAGGCUGUGUGAUGUGGUUUGGUUUUGGAAAGAAGUCACAGGGAAGAGGUAUGAAUACUUAAAUACAAGGAUUUAAUAAAACAAACAAUCCAAGAUCUCCUUAGCCCUAAUUACUUCGACAUUUGCAUAUUAUAUAUGGGAAUCGUCUGUUUUCCCAUCAUUUACUGAAAAGUGGAUCAUAGCCUCGAGUUUGCUGUAUUUUCUGUGGUUAAUCUGUUUGA